AUGAUUACAGAGGAGGCUAAAGAAGCUAGCAGAAGCCAAAAGAUGCAGAGCUUUGUCAAACACACUAAGGAGUUUAUCCAAAGAACAAGGAAGGACAAGCCAAUUUUCAUUAAAUUAUUCCUAAAUGUCAAUUCUUUCAUCUUGCUUGCAGUGUUUUGGAAAUCAAGGACAUGGAAUAUGAGAAAAUCAACAUUAGAUUCAGAAGAAAAGCCUUUUAGAAAGAAAAGGUCAAGACCACUGAGAGACACUGGAGAUCAUGAUGAGCAGGUCUGUGAUCAAGUGAUCACAUUACCCUGUUCCAUAUGCAAGCACGAAAUUAACGUAAAUGGUAUUUUUUCCCAUAAAAAGCAACAUGACGCUAUGGCCACAUUGGGUUUCCAGUGGAUGGAUGGAAAGAAACCACAGCGCUCAGUGAUUGCUCAUCAGAGACAGUCUGUAAUUUCUAAACUAUUGUCAUCUUUUAUAUUUACUGAAAAAACGCUACAGAGCAUUAAUAAUGCUUUUGAGCUACUUUGGAAGAAACAAAUACCAUCAUACUAUAAAAUUUUUGAUAGCAUUGACAGUAGUUCCAUAUAUUCUCAAAAAAUCUGUCAUCUGUUAAUUAAAGGAAUAGCCAUUUGUGAAGACAGGAAUCCUACAUGGAGAGCUGACAUGAAUGAUAAAUUCACUGUAGUGAAUAAUUUUGGCAAUAAACCCAAUGUGUGUUUUUUUGGUUUGUUUGAUGGACAUCAUGGUGCCUCAGCAGCAGACUUGGCAUCAGUGGAACUUCCAGUUUUACUUCUCCAUCAACUUUCCAAAUUUGAUCCUUCCUACCAAAUGACGCCUAAAGAGGAAGAAGUAAUCAAUUCCUUUCACACUGUGUUUAGAGAAGAAUACACAGCAAUAGAAGACCUCUUCUCUUCCACACACAAAAGUACAAGAACAUCGAGGCAUGAGUAUGAGGACAUACACAAAGCCUUUGCAAAAGCAUUUUGGAGAAUGGAUAGGCUUUUACGUCUCGGAAGGAAAGAAAUUUCCAGGGUUCGAUGGAGUGGCUGCUCUGCAGUUGCUUGUAUAUUGGAAGGCAACAUUAAAAAUCUUUGUGCUAAUAAGAAUUGGAAAAUAACCAAUAUCUGUGAUGGAUUGACAGAGAACUCCCCUUCCCAGACAAUGCCAAAAAUAAUUUCUGGAGUAUUACAUGUUGCAAACACUGGUAAUGUGCAAGCAGUCUUAUGCAGAAAUGGAAAAGGUUUUUGCCUAACCAAAGAACAUACAACGCGAAACAUAAACGAAAGAAGAAGAGUACUUCAGAAUGGAGCAGUAAUUAGUUCAAAUGAACAAUAUGGACUCCUAGAAGGGCAAAUAAAAACCACACGAGGACUUGGAUUUCAUGGAAAUCUUAAAAUUAAAAAAUUCAUUAUCCCAGCACCUCAAACCAUUUCUGUCCCUAUAGAUGACUUAUGUCAAUUCCUUAUAUUAGCUACUAAUGGACUUUGGGAAGUUUUGGAUAAAAAGGAAGUCACUGCACUGGCAAUGACAACGUUUCAAAUGUAUAAAGAAACAUACUUUUCUGUUAUACAAAACAAAUCAUCAUCCAAAGGGCCCCUGUGUUUUGCAAUCAGUGAACCAAAUAUUACUAAAUCCGAAAGUAAUAUCCACGUAUUGUUUCAGUAUAAACCUGAAUCUAAAGAACAUGUGUCAACUACAAAUUCAAAGCAAAAUUUGUCUGAUCCAAAAUAUUCUGAAUGUUGCACUUAUAACCCUGAAAAUGUAGAAACAUUUCUAUCAGAAAUGACUAAUCAUGAACCUUGCAGUAAGAGAGAAACUGAUAGACGGACUACUGCAGAUGAUGUGCCAACAAGUGAAAAUGAACCAUCGUGCACUAAGAACUUCUAUGAAGGUGCAGCUGAGUAUGUUAGCCAUGAACUUGUAAAUGCUGCUUUAGAGGCUGGCUCUAGAGACAACAUUACAGUUAUGGUAAUAUUUCUCAAUGGAACUGAUUAUCAGUUUUUGUCAUAA